AUGUAACAGUUGGCACUUACGCAGCGUCAGUAUGGGGCGUGGGUAACUCGCCCCUAUAAACUAUAAGUCACCGUGAGUAUUGGCGACGAAUGUCACACAAAUAGAUGAACCGAUGUCGACAGCUCUCCAUUAAGAGCACGGAUUGGAUUGACCCAGUCAGGUUUGCAACCCUGCGGACAGGCCGUCGAAGUCCGCCCUAGAGCCAGCGAAUGAAGAGGCCCGAAAGGGUGGGAAAAAGCGAGGAGAGCGAGGCGACCAAUCGGAGCGCUUCGAUCGUAACUCACCCUAUAUGUAGAAACUUUCACAGGGGAAGUGCCGAAGACUCAGGUUUUUAGUGCUUGGAUACGAACUUGGGUUUUAGGCUGUCGACCACGACGGUUCGGAAUGAGAUGGCUCUGCUCUCCAAAGCGCAAACCUGCCCGCUCGAUGUGCAACAUAUUAUCAUGUCUUGUCUUACACCUAAGGACACAGCACACAUGGCAUCGACCUGCAGGAACUGGUUGUACGCGUCCCGAGAGCGACUCUAUCGAACCUUAACAUUGCAUUGCCACUGUGUGACGCUGAAACUUCUGGGUCGCACACUCAAUCGAUCUGCAGAAAUACGGAACUUCGUAAAGUUCCUCAGCAUUUCUUAUUGCGAACGUUGGACUCUUCCUGAUUGGAUGACUUUGUUACCAGCGGGUAAUGUGCGACAGGUCAGAUUGUAUCACCCAACCUGGCCGAAUCGUUGCGCGUCGACCGUAUUAUCCUUGCCCUUGAUGAAUCAAGUCCACACACUCUCUUUGAAAUCCAGGUUGUGGGGAUGGGAAUUGAAAGAACUUACGGCUUUGCCUAACUUACGGCGCUUGUGGCUAGAACAAUGUGACGUCCUCGAAGGCUGUGCAGAGCUGCAGCUGCCGCUGCUUCCUUUUUCAUUGUCAGACUGUCGUCUGACAUUAAUCGACGUUCCGGUCCUUCAUAUCAACUUCCUUCGCUCGUUUGCAGCCAAUAUCAACGUUACCGGGCUCCUGAUUCAUAUCCCCCAUGAGAGCAAGGCACUGCUAGGCAGCUUGGCGACCGUCCUCAAAUCCUCGUUCACAACUCUCCAUUAUCUUGCGAUUGAAUCCCCUGCCUACCAUGGACCCCCCAUAAUGGACGAUGUCCUCCCGCACCUCCCUCGUCUGACUUAUUUGAUGUGCGGUGGUGGGCUAUACAGAGAAGGAGUGCUCCCUGACAAUCUCUCGGAAUUGCAUCUUUACACGGACGAUUUCGAAGUUAUUCAGGGUGUCUUAUGUCAGUUAGAAGCGAAGAAAAGGUGCAUGGAACGCAGCUCACCUUCCUCUCCUGGGCUAUCACUUCGUAAAUUUCGUAUUUUAUGCUUUGGACGAGUCGAUCACACAGGGUUGCGCAAAAAAAGUGCAGAGCUUGGCGUGGAGCUUAUCUGUUGUUAUAGUUAUCUCCCCCGGGCCAAUAUUCGAUCAAUCCAGCGAGAUCUUGAGCGUGAGGGCAAUUGGUUUCCAGUAUGUUGAUAGUAGUGGACCAAGCGGAGUUUUCGUGGAGUGGCUCACUACGCUAUU